AUGCAAAAAGUGGUAAAAACUAAAUUUGAAAAUGGUGAUGGUCCAACAAAAAUCUAUCGUGAUCUCACCGGAGUCGUUUCAUUGCAAACGAUUAAAUUAUGGAUUAAAAAGGUUCGCAACACAGGUUCUAUCGAGUUAUCUUCACCACCAGGUCGUCCACGCACCGCUCGUACAAAAGCUAACAUCUUGAAAGCAAAGCAGUGCCUAGAUCAGAAACGUGUAUCAAUAAGAAGAUUAGCUGCUGAAAUGAAUAUUUCAAAAAGCAGUAUUCAUCGAAUUUUACGUAAAGAUCUAGGUUGUUUUCCAUACAAGAAAAUUAAACAGCCCAAAUUAACAGAUGUUCAAAAAAAAGAAACGAUUUAA